UGUUACCAGUUCCUAGGGUCACUUGUCGUUCUUGCCGGCAACAAGUAAGGUUCUCCCUCCAGGAACUUUGAAAUAUUUUUCCUCCCUGUGAGACUUUUCUUGAUGAGAGAAGGUGCCAUUUUUUUCUUGACAACAUGAAGUGGUUCCUUCUUUCUUGUUUGUUCAUUUUCUUGCCGACCGUCUUAAGCCAGCGGUGUCCCCAAGGCUGGUCCCUGUAUCAAGACAACUGCUUCAGGCUGUUCACUGACUGGAAGAGCGUCAACGAUGCCCGCAUCGCCUGCCAGCAGGAAGGAGGUGACUUGGCCAUCAUCACCAGCAUCGAGAUGAAUACAUUUCUGGCUGAUUUCACGGAAGCGGCUGGUGCAUUUGCUUGGAUCGGCCUGAAUGACCAAGACACGGAGGGUUCCUUUAAAUGGAUCGACGGUACGCCACUGGACCCCGCUCUCAACGUUCUUUGGGGAAGCAGUGCACCAAACAACGAUAACAACCAAGAGGACUGCGUUGUCCUGAGAGAUAACAGAGUCUGGAAUGACGUCAACUGCUUGGACAAUAAGAACCGCAUCUGUCAGAGACCAAACGACGCGCCCCUGAAGUGCGACGAGGCCAAUGGCUGGGUGUCGGCAGCAGGCAAAUGCCACAAGUACAUGGACUUGGCCAACUCGUGGGACGACGCGCGGCGGUACUGCCAGGAGAGGGACGGUGACCUGAUCAGCGUACAGACCGACGAGGAACAAAACUUUGCCCUGAUCCAGGCCCGGUUGAAUCAGGAGUCCAUCUGGAUCGGAGCAACGGACAAGAUAAGCAACUCAGCUGGUCUCUACACUUGGCCGGAUGGUUCCUCAGUAGGCACUGUGACGUACUGGGCACCAGGACAACCAGACAACCAGUUUUUCAGUAUGGGUGGAAAUUGCGUGGGAAUCCUCGACACAUCAAGCAACGGAGAAUGGAGCACUGCACCGUGCACAUCACAAAGGAAAUUCAUCUGUGAAAAAGACGAAGGAACCUGCCCUACCGGUUGGCGGAUCCACGGCGGCCAGUGCUAUCAGUUCAACACCUACUCCGCCAUGAGUUGGACCGAUGCCAAGCACACCUGCGAAGUGCAGGGCACCUUCCUGGCUUCCAUCUUCAGUGAGGAUGAGAACUCCUAUGUAAUCAGACAGUUUGAUGAUUUAGAAAGCAUUGGUAUCACCGAUGUCUGGAUCGGAAUAUCAGAUUACAAUGUUGAUGGCCAGUUUGCUUGGGCUGAGGGUGCCGCUGUGUCCUACACUAAGUGGAAUGUUGGCAUGCCAUUUGAGACACCCAAUCAACCAGAUUGUGGUACCAUCUACCUAGGCGACAGUACCGAUGCAUGGAGCACUACAAACUGUUUCCUGCCGCGGUCGUUUGUCUGCAAAACCCCAGUGGGUCAACCUGUGACUCCACUUAACCCAAUCUCUGGUGUCGGCAGCUGCCCGACUGGUUGGAACCUCUUUGGGGACUACUGCUACUUCAUUGACACCACUGGCACCACUUUCAAUGAUGCCGAGACCAUGUGUAAGGCUAAAGGCUCCAAGCUGGUCAGCAUCCACACGGCCGAAGAACAAUCCUACCUCUCAUUAAGAACAUCCAUGAUGAACGCCAACCUGUGGAUUGGGUUGCAUGACCGCAGCAAUGAAGGCAACUUUGAAUGGUUGGAUAGCACACCGUUGGACUUCACCAAUUGGAACACUGGCGAGCCCAACGAUUACGGCGACGGAGAGGAUUGCGUCCACCUCCGACCAGACGAAUUGCAGGCAGGAACCUGGAACGAUCAAGCCUGCGACGCUAAUUACGGGUACAUCUGUAAAAAGGACAAAGCGUGCGAGGUUCUGGACACCGUCUCUACCGACGACAACUUCAGCUACCGCUAUCACCCGUCCCAGGCCAACGUGGAGAGGGUGGAGUUCCGCGUCAAAGCCGGCAGCGACGUGCACGUCAGCCUGAGCGCGGCAAGCAGCGACCAGCCCGCGAUGUACGAGAUCAUCAUCGGAGGCUGGACAAACGGCAACUCGGCCAUCCGGCGCUGCGGCCAGUGCACCAACGAGGUCUACAUCUCCACGCCAAAUUUUCUAAGCGCCAACGAGUUCCGGGGGUUUUGGAUCAAUUACGACCUAGGGACGGGAAAACUGGACGUCGGCAAAGAGGGCCAAGGGACAUGGUUCAUGACCUGGACUGACCCCCAACCCCUGGACGUCAAGUACGUCGGAUACUCCACUGGCUUCGGGUUCGCUGGAGAGUUCGAAUUCUGUAAUCUCUAUGCUGGAGUUGCAAGUACACCUGCACCAAGACCAACACCUGCAUUUGAUGCACGUUGCGGCCUAGGCUGGGAAUACGACCCGCUCACCGGGCAGUGCUACUGGUUUGCCUUCUCGGACUACAGGACUUGGGCCGAUGCCAGGGAGCAGUGCAUGCUGGGAGGCGGCGACCUCAUCAGCAUCGUCAGCGCCCAGGAGCAGACUUACUUGAACGCCCGGAUGGUGACUGAGAGGGAGCCACACGUUUGGAUCGGAGCCAAUGACAUCGCUACCAGCGGCGGAUGGGUGUGGAGUGAUGGAGCGCCUUUUAAAUUCCUGAACUGGAAUGCAGGAGAGCCCAACGAAUACGGAAGCGGUGAGAAUUGCGCCGAGCUGUUGACCAGCAACGGUAGAUGGAAUGACAUUGAUUGUGCUGCGACGCAAGGAUACGUGUGCAAGAAAAACGGCUACUUAGUGACCCACUUCACCGUCUACCCCAACGCCUACUUGCCCGACUCGGACAUCCUGGUCCUGAGGAAUGUCUACCCGGAGGAGUGCGCGCACCGCUGCGUCAUGGAGACAUCAUUUGACUGCCGGUCCUUUGACUAUGACCGGACCACAAAGGACUGCAUGCUGAGCGACACGGACAGGGACAGUGUGGGGCGAUUGGAGACGGACGUCGGGCUGGACUACUACCAGAUUGUCCCAGGUGUGGCCCCGCCCACGCCCCCUGCCACCCUCGCCCCAGGCUACCGUUGUCCGGACGGCUGGUCCGGUUACGGUGACUACUGCUACCAGGCCCAGCCAGGGGACGGGACCUGGGAGGAGGCCCUACGCGACUGCCGGACGAUGGGUGCCGAUCUGAUGUCCAUCCACGACAUGAAUGAGAAUGACUACAUCGUCUCCAUCAUGCAACAGAAGGGACUGACCGGACAAGUGUGGAGUGGCAUGAGCGACACGGCCGUAUUCCUGACCUUUGAAUGGAGUGACCGGUCACCCGUGACCUUUACUCACUGGGAGGUCAACGAACCCAACAAUUACGAGGGCAAGAACGAAGACUGCGUGGAGGUCUACACCUCGGGUCGGUGGAAUGAUCAAGAUUGUGAGGACCGCAAUCAUUACAUCUGCAAACAGAUGAAGCAGAACCUGGGACCGACUCAGUUCCCAAUCACUCCAAGUGGCUGCGAUGCGGGCUGGGUGGCUUUUGAGGCGUCCUGUUACAAGAUUGAAGGCACCCCUGAGGUGUCCUGGGACCAGGCCAAGUCAGACUGUGAGUCCAUGGGAGCUCAUCUCAUUGUCGUGAAUGAAAGAUUUGAGCAGUCGUUCAUGUCCAGCCAACUGGGCCUGCAGAACGGUCAGAUGUUCUGGAUCGGAAUGAGCGAAGGGGACACCAGGGGCUCGUACCAGUGGACCAACGGCGCGCCGAUCACCUACACUCACUGGGACAGAGGCCAGCCUGAUGACUCUAGGGGGAGCUGUGUCGCAGUGACAUCUGGCAGCGCGGCUGGUCUCUGGAACGUCGACGGCUGCAACGCAGGCUUCAGCUACAUCUGCGAGGCGCAGCGGGCCGGCUACACACCGGCUCCCGUGGUAACGGACCCACCCGUGCCCACGUCGCCUAGCAACCAGGGCUGCCCCGUGGGCUGGGUCGGCUGGGGCAGCAACUGCUUCAAGGUGUAUGAUCCAGCAGACAAGAAAUCUUUCUGGGAUGCUGAGGCCUACUGUAACAGCGUGGGUGCCAACCUGGCCAGCUUCCAUAGCACUGAGGAAGAGGUGUACUUUGUCAAAAACGCUGGAAUAUACAAUGAGGAUACUUUCUGGAUAGGGCUCCACGACACUCAGAAUGAAGGAGGUUUUGAAUGGACGGACGGAUCGGUGCUUCAGUACACCAACUGGAACUACGGUGAGCCCAACAAUGCCUUCGAUGGUGGAGAGGAUUGCGCAGAGAUGUUCUUCAGCGGGGCUGGCUGGAACGAUCAGAACUGUGACGACCGACGCGGCUGGGUCUGCAAGACGUCCAGAGUGUUGGGAUGCUCAGACGGCUGGAUGCAGUAUGAGGACAAGUGUUACUCCUUCAGGCCUCAGAUGCUGAGCCACGACGAUGCCCGAGCAGCUUGCCUAGACGACGAAGCCGACCUGGUGAUCAUCUCCAGCUCUAGCCUGAACACAUGGCUGACUACCAAUAUCGCAUCUACUGGCAUGGACCAUUGGAUCGGUCUGCAUGAUCUGACAGAUGAAGGCCAGUUUGAGUGGGUCGAUGGCACGCCACUGGACCCAGUCCUAGCGAAUUUCUGGGAUGCGGGGCAACCCGAUAAUUACGGCGCUGUCGGUGAAGACUGCACUCUGCUGAGGACGGACGGCCGAUGGAACGACGACACCUGCACAUACAACAAAGCACACAUCUGCCAAAGGCCUAUAGUCUUGUGCCCUGACGGUUGGAAGCUGCACAAGGGUCGCUGCUACCGCUUCAUGACAACCUACCAGAAUUGGAACGAUGCCAAAAUGACCUGCCAAGGCUACCAGGGAGAUCUGGCCAAGAUUGACAGCGUGGAAACCAACGCGUGGGCUGGAAAGUACGUAUCUGAGGCAGGAGAUGGUCACUACAUUGGUCUACAUGACCUGAGUAACGAAGGUCGCUUCAUGUGGACCGACGGAUCCCAGCUCGACCCUAGCUUAACCUCUCUGUGGAGCGGCGGGGCCCCUGAUGAUUUCUCGGAUGGUGAGGAUUGCGUGGUGCUCAAACCAAACGGGAAAUGGGACGACAAUCGCUGCACGUACAAGAGAUUCUACGUCUGUCAGAAAAUUGGAGCCUCUGUUUGUCCGACGGGAUGGACCGCCUACCAGGGUGACUGUUUCAUCUUUAAGACUGGCACACCCCUCGCCUGGAACGAUGCCAGGGCAGAUUGCCAAGUGGACCUAGCUGAUCUGGUUGUCGUCACCAGCCUGGACACGAACACUUGGCUUGCUGGUUUCGUGACCCCCAGCGGCAAGAACCACUGGAUCGGACUUCAUGAUGUCGACAGAGAGGGGAAUUUCUUCUGGGUGGAUGGUACUACACUUACCGAUAGCUCUCCCCUAGUAUCCCUGUGGGAUACCAGCGCACCGAACAACAUCGGCCAGGGCGAAGACUGCGUCGUGAUCCAACCAAGCAACCAGAAAUGGGGCGAUCUGGACUGCUCCUUACGCAAACUGUCCAUCUGCAUGAGGCCUUACGGAGAGAUACCAUUCACAACAGCAGCUCCUGAAUACCCACCUUGUCCUACCGACGAUGCCUGGAUCCUCAGGGGAGAUUCCUGCUACUACUUCAGUUCCGUCACUGACGCAGCCGAGGGGCGUAGGAGCUGGGAUGGGGCGGAGCAAUGGUGUAACCAGAAGGGGGGCAACCUCAUCUCCAUCCACGGCAUGGACGAGCAAGACUUUGUCAAUCUCAAGGUGGAAGCAUCAAACGUGGAUUCUCACUGGAUUGGAAUAAGAGAAUACGAAAUCAAAGGAGUGUACUCCUGGUCUGAUGGCACUCCUGUCGACUUUGAUUUCUGGGCCCCUGGCGAACCCAACGACUACAACGGUGAAGAACAGUGCGCUGAGACAUACAAUGGAGAUGGUAAGUGGAACGACAACAACUGCGGCAUCGACCGCAACUUCAUCUGCCGCAAGCACGUCAACUCGGUCACGCCGGUCACCAAGCCCACCACGCCAGCUCCCACUGGCUACUGCCCAGUCGGCGCGGCCAAGUUUGACAACCGCUGCUACGUCUUCAUUGGUAAGGAUGAGGCAGACAGGAAGAGCUGGGAGGAUGCCAGGGAGGCUUGCGAGACAUCUCUGGGCAGCCGGCUGGCCAUCAUCCACUCCGCACCGCUCCAGUCGUUCCUGACCACCAAACUCAAGGGUCUGGACUACCGCAUGUGGAUCGGUCUGAGUGAUCUCACCAGCAACUCCCAGUUCAGAUGGAUCGAUGGGACGGCAUUGGACUACACCAACUGGAAUUCAGGGGAACCCAACGAGGCUAACGGCGAGGAGGACUGUGUGGAGAUGACCUAUGAUGUGGUCGCCGCCGGGGAAUGGAACGACAACGCCUGCUCCAAACUCAACGGCUACAUCUGCCAGUCAUACCCAGAUCCUUCCCUGAACCCUCCCCUUGUGCCGAUCAGUGCCUGCCGGGCAGGCUACAGCCAGUACGGCACCGGCUGUUUCAAAGUCAUCUCAGCGCCCAUGAAGUUCAGCGACGCCAACGACGAGUGUCGUAGAGACAACGUCUACCUCACCAGCAUCGCCGACCAGUAUGAGCAGGCCUUUGUGGAGACGCUACUCCACGAUAAUGGCGGCACGCCUGUUUGGAUCGGUUUGGUGGAUGAUAAGGUUGAAGGUGAGUACAGAUGGGUGGACAGCUGGCCUGUGUACUUCACCCACUGGGGGCGGAGCGAGCCCAGCAAGGGGGCGGGCGAGGGAUGCGUUGCCAUGGAAACCAACGGCAACUGGAACGACACACGGUGCUCCGAUAUGUAUUCCGCUGUGUGCAAGUACUCCUUAGAAACUCUUCCCACGGACCAUCCCGACACGCCCGGUACCUGUCCGGAUGGCUGGUCCCCGUACGGCAGUAACUGCUACUACUUCCAGCCUGAGGGCCAGAAUCUGGUGGAGUGGCCGGUGGCCGACUUUGACUGCGUCAGCAUGGGCGGCCAGCUGGCCUCCAUCCACAGCAAGCCAGAGAAUGAGUUUGUGCGCAGCAACACCAAGCGGACUGAAUCUAUGUGGAUUGGACUCUACCGCUCCGACGCAGGUGGCUUCUCCUGGGAGGACGGCACGGGUGUGGACUUCGUCAACUGGGCACAGGAUGAACCGUCGUGGCAAUGGGACGGCGAGCACGAGAACUGCGUGGAGUUGUACCUGGACCGGGGAGAGUGGAACGACCUGGACUGCAAGUUCCUCAAGUCCUACGUCUGCAAGAUGCCCAAAAUCCCAAUCACCGGACCCCCAGGACAAGUCACAGACGCUCCUCCAGCUACCAAUUCAGGAGUCACCAAAUCACCACAGAAAUCCUCUGGCGUGUCCGCGGGAGUGAUCAUCGGCAUCAUCCUGGCUGUCCUGGUGGCGGUCCUGCUGAUUGCCCUGGUGGCAUGCUUCCUGAAGUCCCGCUCCAAGACCACCAAGGCUCCCUUGGACAUCGGCACGGUGGGCUUCGACAACGCCAUGUACAGCGUCAGCACGGAAGAGGUCAAAGUCAGUGACCCCACCACCAUCAAUACCGCGUCAGCCGAGGCAUAGCUGUUUCACAAACUAGGAUCUAAUUGCAUUGAUCUGUGUUUCAUGCCAUCUUCCUUUACUAUGGACUCGGUACAAGUACCCCUUGAACAGUAACAAAGAGAAGGCCAUUUCACACUGUCGUAUCGCCUACCCUUGUUGUAUUCAGCACAGGUCCACUGCAACACAGGUUCCAUUGAACACGGGUAGGCAAAGCAUACCGUUCACACUAACACUGGCUUGUACAUGGGAUAACCCUAAAUUUUGGAUUGUCUACCUGGAUAGAGCCUCUUAACCCUGGUCCCGAUUGAGGUUGGACGUUACCUGUGUAGAAUGCCGGACAUGUGUAAAAGCCACAUGUGUAAGAUUCUCGCAAGUCUGAGAGGGCUUGUCAAAUUGUCGGGGUUGGAACUGGAUAUUUUUGAUAGUGUGAAAGGGCAUACAGAGUUAAGAGUUAAGUUACGUGCUCUAAUAAAUAUUCACAUAUGUAAAUUGAUCUGUAUUGAAGUAUUGGGGG